GCUUCUUGUUCUCUUUCAGCACAGCAUGAAUAUUCCCAAAUGAUGUUCUGCCAGCCAGAUGAACCCGGAGUUGCAGCAACAGAAAUGUUUGAUGGUGAUGAAAUUCUCAGUUACAAUUUCAAUACAGGAACUUUUCAAGCAAGGCUCCCAGACUUUGAUGAAUGGGCCAAGGAAAAAUCUACUGCAGAAUAUAACACUAGCAUGCACCAUGACAGUAGCUUCUGCAAAUUAGUUUUAAACAGCUUGAGCUCAUUGUUUAUACCAAAAGUGAAAGUUGAUCCAGUCUCACAGGUCUACACCAGAAACCCUCUAGAGUAUGGGAAAAGAAACACCUUGAUCUGUUUUGUGGACAGAUAUUUCCCACCAGUUAUUUCUGUCAGCUGGUACCUGAACAACAUCCAGAUAACAGACGGAGUCACUUUCACAGACUCCUAUCCCACUGAAGACUUCGGAUUCCAGAUGUUCUCAUAUUUGGAUUUCAUCCCUAAGCAUGGUGAUAGGUACACCUGUCAUGUAAAGCAUGUGUCAGAUUAUCCAUUUAUCGAAUUCUGGGUUCCAGAACAGAAACCAACUUCGGACCCUGUGAUGACUGGCUUAUGUGCUGCGGCCUUUGCUUUCGGAAUUACCGGUUUUAUUGCAGGAACUGUUUUUUUUGUUUUGGGGAUCCUGAAAAGGAGACACAGACUUUAGAUGUGAAAAAAGUUAAGUGGACAAUAUUUGAUUGUGUUGGCCCCAAGAUGACAGCUUUGCUACACAUCUCUUGAAAUUGCUGUCCUUACCAUUCAUCAGCAAAUUGUUCAUCACCUCUGGCUAUCCUGACGAGUGAUCUUGGUCACAAUUUUCCUUGAGAAAUGGAAAAAUACAAUGUUUGUAAUCCAGUAGCAAGCUGAUCCAUGAACAAAGACUUGUUUCUGAACCAAAAGAGGAGUGCUAUGUCCACGUGGGAGAUAAUUGCAACUUGAAUAAACAAAUGUAAUUUUUUAAAUGUAAUUUGGAUGCAGUACAGACAGGCUUCAUUAUGGUUAUGCUUAAUAGUAAACCAUAACAAAUUACAAUGUAAACUUUGAUUUAUAAACCAGCAUUCUAGUACAUUAUGAUUUUUGUAUAGCAUUAAUUUUAUUAGGCUUGUUUUUUUUCUGUUUUUUAAUUUUUUUUUUUUACUUUGAAUACUUCAGAUUUUUAUUUCUCUCCUUGCUUAUUGAUGCCUGUUAGGUGCAGAUAAAAAGAAAAGGAACACUAGUAACCAGAAAUCAUAGUAAUGUCACCAUAAUGUAAGACCCUGAGUCCACUGAAUUACAAAACUGGAUGCAAAGGACUCUUCCCCCAAAGAAAUAAUCUGCUAUAUCACAAUGAGAAUACUAACAAACUAAAUUGUAAAAAAGGCACCAAAUGAAGGAGAAACACUGUGAAAAUGUCAUAAUGUGGUAUAAGUGCAAAAAUGAAUCCUUUAUGUUUUACAGUCCUGCCCCCUUAAGAAUACUGUAAAGUACAAACAUCGACGUUUCAGGUUUAUCUGCUGUCUUCACCAUGCAUAUAGCAUUUAGUUUGCCUUUUGCAAAAUGGGUUCAGUCAGUACCUUUUAUUUGCUACUGUCAGUGGUGCAAAGACUGUUGAAAUUUAACUCUGUGACCCUUAGGUGACUAGAAAUACUUUGACAACUGAACAGAAUUUGCAACUGAUGUCAGUGGAUUCUAGAUUAUUCAUGUUCUUUCAUUUCUAACUCACUGUCACAAAGAAGCAUUUCCAGUGAUAAGAGCAGCAAUUCGUAAGUAUUGUUAACUUCACAACUUAGGAGCCUGUGCCAGUCAAAGAGGGCAGUACAUCCUGCAUAUUUACAUAAGUACUACAGAGCAUAUAAUAUUUCUGCAAGGAAAUGAUUUAGUACUAAACCUUGUAAAUAAUACUCCGGAUAACAGGAAUUAGAGGUGUCACACUAAAUGGUUCCUAGUUAAGUGUACCUUAAUAAAAUCUGCUUGGAAGAGGUUA